AUGAAAGAACCUGAAUCAGAAAUUAGUAAUUUGAAACCAUCUAAAUCAGGAAUUAUUAAUAUAAAAAAUUCUGAAUCAGAAACCAUUAAUGUAAAGGUGCCUAAUAUAGAUCAUUAUGAUUUGAAGGCUGAUGGUGCUAUUGCUGCAUUCAUUGCUAAAAUAAAAUAUAGAAAAAGCAUUCAGUUAUGUAUUUAUCGAGAAAGUGGUGAAUUUAACAGAGCAAAUAAAAGAAUUCAU